GUUUCUUGAUUCAAGUACUCCUUUCUUUUCAAAUAACAAUCUACAGCACUUAAAUUGUUUAUAAAUCUUAAACAUAUUAUUUAAUUAUAUGUUCUUUGCUCUUUUAGUAAAGGUGCUGAUAUUGUAACUUAAACUUUACUUCAAUAUUCAAGGGCACUAAUGUGGUGAACAUUUUCAUGAAGUUUUAAACUCUUUACAAUCUGCAAGUGGGUAUCUUUAAGCUGUACCGAAGAUGGCCACAGCUGUGCAGAUGCCACUGCGGAACUUGGUGGACUUGGCUAUCGGAUCGCCGGAGGUGGGCGCCGUCAACUUCACCGUGCUGCACGCAGUCCUGCACGUGCUGGCGCAGCAGGCGCAGCUCUCGGACACGCCCGUCGAGUUCCGCGGCCCGCAGGCCGAGCGCAUCGAGACGGUGGCGAAGACGGGGGUGCGCGAGCCGAGCAUAUUCGUGACGGAGUACAGGGCGGUCGUCAACACGAAGCCCUCGGCGCAGGACGCGGCCACGCCGGCAGCCAGACCUGAGGAGGCACAGCUGCUGGCGGGCCAAGCGGAGCAGGACGACACUGCAGAAAGGUCGCAGAAGGUGGUUGUGGUCCAAUCGGUGGACGACUCCCAACCCGCUGACCCUUCCGCCGAGAGGACCAAGAAGGUGAUCCCUGGACCGCUGAUCAGUCCCGAGGGCGUCUUGAACAUGCAAGAGCUGUCCAAGCUUCAAGAGAAGGUGUCGCUGCUGCACGAGGAGCUGGCUCGCCUCCAGCAGCUACCCAGCGACGAGGAGGUGCUGGAGAGAGCUCGUGCUCCAGUGCCGGGCGUGCCCGUGGAGGACUUGUGGAAGUACAUCAACCUGGAGAAGAGGGUCGAGGCCCUGGAGGACGCCAUUCUGAAGCUCUCGUCGCUAACCCAGAAGCUGGCCAAAGACACGGAGCAGAACCGCAUGGCGAUAGAAGAGCUGAAUAAGAUUUUAAAGCGUUGCAAGGAACUUGUCGACAGCCACGAGAAUGGACUGACGGAUCUGAGUAAUCGUGUUGAAGAGCAGAUAGAUAAAAGGGAGGAAGCGGCUCGCAAGUCCGUGGAGCUGGAGCUGGACCCGGACGGCCGCGUGGUGCCCUCGCUGGACGACGUGGCGGGAGACGACAAGUUCCACGUCAUCGAGUACGUGCUGGAGCGGCUGUGGCAGCGCCUGGACGGGCUGGCGGACGAGCUGGCGGCCGCCUCCGCCGACCGACUGGCAGACGACGACCGGCCCGAGGCCACGGAGCAGGACGGGCAAGUGGACGAGAUGGAAGGACAGGUGGAGGACAUGGACCAGCUGCUGAGGGGCCAGAUGGAAGAGAUGCAGGGCCGCAUCGAUGCCCUGGAGCGUGACCUGGGCGUCGUCAUGGAGAGCGUCCGCACCGGAAUGGCAAUCUCUGACGGCAUGUCACAGGAGUUCACGGGCCUGAGCGAGCUGUACAUCAAGCUGCAGGACACGCAGAAGGAACUCGCCGCGCUCACAGAGAAGUCCUCCCAAAUCGAGGACGAGCAGAAGGAGAAGGCGGCUAAUCUCGAGAGCCUGCUCGAGGAGUUGCAACACCUGCGGCUGAUGAAGGCCGACAAGGAGGAGCUGGAGCUGGCCUUGGAGAAGAAGGCCGAUCAGACCGACGUGAAGAAGAAGGUGUCGCAGUCGCAGUUCGAAACCAUCUCCGAGGACCUGAUGAAGGGCAUCGACCAGGCGCUAGGGAGGCUCACGGAGCAGGAGUUGAUGUGGAAGGAGGCGUUGGAGCAGAUGCAGCAGGAGAUGGAGGGCAAGAUCGACAAGGAAGAGGUCUCCCCCGUGCAGGAGUUCGUCAACCAGAAGCUGCUCGCCAUCCAGGAGAAGCUCAAGGCCCUGCAGGCCAUGAGAGAGGACACCGAGGCAGCUGGUGCCAAGAGGAAGCUCCUCAGGAACGUGCAGUGCAUCUCGUGCGAUAAGAACGUGGUGAUGAAGCGGCAGUCGGCCGUCCCCUGCACCCCGGGCUCGCAGCGCCUGACCCCGCAUGCCAGCAUCAAGCCCUACCUCACCUACGAGCUGGACAAGAUCCGCAAGCAGCAGAGGAAGUGCCCUCAGCCCAAGAACCUGCGCCAGUUCGAGGACAUCAUGCGCAGCCACGGGCUGGGCUCGCCGCCCGCCCCGCAGUGCCAGCCGCCGGCAGAGGCGGAGUCGGCGAAGAACGUGCGCCUCGUGAACCGCUACUGCGGCGGCAGCCACACCGUCACCACUCCGGAGCAGAAGGCGAGGAGACUGCGCCCGGCGCCGGCAGGUCGCCGCCCCAGCUGCGGCGAGGCCUGACCGCUGCCUCCUCCCCUCCCCCAGGACAAAUUUUCGGACGAUUUUGGACAAUAAACAGGAAAUGGCUGACAGUGGAAUUGAAAGUACAUGUGAACAGGUCAAAAUUACAUGUCUGCAGUGGCAAUACUUUAAGCCGGUAUAGUGCAUUCAAAUUUUUAUGGAGUUCCUUGUUAUUUUUGAGUGAUUUUUUUGACAAAUGUACCUGAAAUAAAUAUGAAUAAACAAAAUAUGCUAAGA